AUGCUAGCGCGCGGGCUACUUGCAGCAGUGCUGCAAUUCGCGACUUACCUCAACAUCUACUACAAUCAUCUCAUCAUCUCUGCCUCCGUCUUCAAGACUAUCGACGCCGCAACCGAGCAUGGUCCCCAGCUGAUCGCCAAUGUUGCACAGCACUCGUCGUUCAAGCUCUCUGGCUCUACUCGCAUUCCGCUCAUCUCGUCCAACCUCUCGAAUGCGGCUGACAUGCACCCGGUCGCCAUUGUAUUCGUCUCCGACACGACCAAACAACUGCCCGCCACCGCCACCGCUCCCGCACCUGUCGCCACCGGACGCUCUGAAGACAAUGUCUGCCUCUCCCUGAGCGUUCUAGAGCUCAUGUCUGCCGCAUUCAGUAAUCCCUCACUUCCUGUGGCCGCCGAUUCAACCGAUAUACUUGAGAUCGCGGCCACCGAGCCUGACUCGGAGACGGACUCUAGCGAGCUCGUCCCGUACGACGAGGAGUACGCUCGCCUGCAAAGAUCUACAAGCACAGUUUGGGCGUACUUUGACUGGGAAUCGGCCAUCACGGAUAUACUGAUUGUAUUUAUCGCGCUCUUAUCGACAUACAGGAAGUUCAAGCACUCAUACCGUGAAAUCUCGCCCGCUGAGCUCGCGGAUUUCAACAAUAUGAUAGAAUCUACUACAGCGGGUACUCCUACGCCGCAGCCUCUCGCGCUGACGCCGCCCGAAUACUCGCCUUCAUACCUAGCUUCUACUACCUCAGAACCUCCCAAGACACCACGACCCCGGUCGACCCCACCGCGACCUCGUUCGAAUAGGAUCUCAACGACUCUCAGCGCAGACGAACAUCUGGCGCUUGUCCAAGCAAUCACCCUGACUCCAACUCCUUCACCCUAUGGUAUCCACGACGAAUCUGAUUCAUCGAUCGUCUCUCUUGUCUCAACCCCACCCAAGGACGCCUCCGCAGCAGACCCCGCGGAGCGCCCGCCGCUCCCGGGAUCGCAAGACUGCGUUGAGGCGCCCUUCAUCAACGGCACGGCACCUUCGCCCCACUCUAUCAACAACGUACAACCGCCGGCCGCCGUCGUCGAUGCCUCCACACCACAACAGGUCGAGCCGCAGCACGCUGCCGACCCUGUCGAGGUAUCUGACAUUACCGUCGUCGCCCCCUCGCCCCAUUCUACCAACCACACGCACACCACGCCUGUCAACGUUAAGGUAACAGACUUGGUUGAGCCGUUGCUCCCGGCUGGCCACGUUGACACCGGCGCAAACGCUUGCGACGACGAGGCUCUUCCCGCCGCCCAUGGCGCGGACUAUGCUGACCCUCACUCCGCGGAGUCUUCCAACCCAGACGUCUGCCUCGAGGAGGGUACUACCCAGAUCGAGUCGCCCACCGCUGUGGCACUCGAUUCUGACAAUUCGGUCAUGGCUACAACGCUGCCUGCCGCCGCUUCCAAGGAUUCGACAUCAGAUAUCGCGCUUAUGGACAACCCGAGCAGCAACGACUUCGAAAAGGACAUGGACGCCGACAGCAUUGGGACUAACGCUGAGAUGGACAUUAUACAAGACUCAGCAGCGAUGCUCACUUCCUCGGACGCUGACGACACUCUCACGGACCUCAAGGACCUGAUCCUCGACGAUGCCAAAGACGAUGAUGGCACCGCAACCGAGCCUGCUUUUGAGGACGACGAGGAAUUCGACUACGAGAAGGAACUAGCAAGGCUUACCCUCGAGCGCGCCAACGAAGUCCAGGACGCCAUGGUCGCCGGGUGUGAGCAUGAUGGUUCGCAGGAGUCGGCGACUGGCGGCACCGACGACGACGACGAAGAGUUCGUUUACGAAAAAGUGAAGGCCGACAUGACCGAAGAUCUCGCUCACGCCGCCGCCUGCGUCGUCGACGGGCAGGAGCCCUCUGUGGCAGAGCCAGCGCCUACGCCAGUCGAUACGCCGACUAAGAUUGCCGUCGUCGCGGAGGAGGCUGAUACGAAGACGAGUACGUCUGCCACAGAGCCUACGUCCAACUCCACGUCUUUGGCGUGCUCUCACGAGUCGCUCAUCGAGGCCCCGUCAACGUCCACUAUCUCGGACGAGACCACACGCCCGUCGACGCCCCCGCGGUCUAAAGCCAAAGAGAGUUUUUGGACGAGAUUGGCUAACCAACCCAGGGUGAGGAGCUAUGCUGAACUUCAAGCGGGCGGCAACACGGAGUCGCAAGCGGUUGUGCCGAAGCCGUCAUCGGUACCGAAACCGUCAUCGCCGCCGUCGUCCACGCGCAAAGGCAAAGCAGCGAUCAAGACCACCAUCUCGCUGCCUCUGGACACGGAAGCCCCUUCCACUUCUUCGUCGCUUGCGCCUUCCACCCAACCAAAGGGCGACGUGCUCAGUAAAGACUGGGGGAAGGAUCGUCGUUUCGGAAGCUAUGCUGAAUCUCAGGCAUUUACUCACGGAGAGAGCAAAUCGAAGCCGAAGGCACACGAGGAGAGCUCGCAGGUUGAUGCGACCGUCGCAUCACCGAAACCUCCAACCACUCCCUACGCAUCUCCGGACGUCCAGCAUAGCAGUAUUUGGGACUCGCAGCACGCGCCCAAGAGCCUCAAGCGGGAAAAAGCUCAGGCCAAAGCUGUGCAACGCAAGGUCGUUGACAGCUUCAAGCAGUCCCCACCUAUACGUCCCUCCGGACUCGACAACGAUGCUAGCAGUCACGGCCCUCCUCCUUACAGCUCUCAACCUCCCCCUGGUCCUCCUCAGCUUCACGGGCUUCCUCAUCUUCCCGGUCCAUUCCCCCCUCUCCCGUUCUACAACGGACCUUUCCCUCUACCAUUCCAUCCGUCCGGGCCCACUCUGAACGGGGUUUGUUCUCCGAUGCAGUUCGGACCACCACCGGCCCCCUUUCUGCCGAACGGGUACCCCGUUCCGCCUCAGCCCUCACUCCUGAGCCGGAUGGGUCCACCGCUCCCGCCUUCGCCACCCAUGUACGCCAGGCCUCCCAUGCCGCAACCCGUCGCCGGUCCAUCCCGCUUGCCGUUGUCUCCGCCGCCUACACCCCCUAAACAGGCCGACGCGUUGAAGUCGACCGGGCUGGAGCAGAAGAUCGAGGAGGAGAAGGAGAUCGUUCCUGUUCGUAGGUGCUGCAUAUUCGAGCAUAAGCGUCAAGCAGUCGCCAUCCAGGCCGUGCGUCUCCUGGUUGCGCGCCGAAAGCUCCGACAGCUGUACAGUCGGAAAGCCACCGUAUGCUCAACCUGCGCGAAGCCACUUCCGAACAAGUGUGGGUGCGAUCUCCAAGCAUGGGCGCCGUCCUUUGACGACGCAGAGCGGUUUUUGGCAUGGAAAGGAUGGCCCGAGAGGAACCUUCCCCUCGUCCGGAAUACUGGGUGUGUAAUGGCCGAACAGUAUCUGGUAGAUUGCGCCAAUGAGUACUCGGAUGAAACGGCGAGGAGUCUGCCGAAGGUCAAGAACCCACUCACAACGGUCCUCACGAAGAAGCAUCGCGAGGCCAGGAUACUCCUUAGCGACAAGCUUGUCCCGGCGUAUCUCCUCUCCUCAUACUGUCCUGGAGGGGUCUUCCCACCUAACGACGUCAUUCGGGCGAUGGACAACGGCGUCCUCAAAGACAGCCGAACGGCCCAGACGCAUGGUCAGACGGCCACUUUCACCAUUUACGCACUGCUGAAGAGCAGGACGGCGGAGUGGGGCGGUGAUCCGCGCAAUGCGUACAAGAAUAGGCGUCGUUAA